CCGCUCCCCCUCCCCCGCCCCGCCCCCCGACACCGGAAGUGGGCGGGGCCUCCCGCCCACCCGCCGCCCCAGCAUGCACCGCGAGCGCGAUCCCGCCCGCCGCCUGCGCCAAGCCGUGCGGGCGCCCAGGCUGGGCCGGGCCGAGAUGGCCGCCUCCUCCUCCUCCUCCUCGGCCGGCGGGGUCAGCGGCAGCUCGGUGACGGGAUCCGGCUUCAGCGUCUCGGACCUGGCGCCGCCGCGCAAAGCCCUCUUCAGCUACCCCAAGGGAGCGGGCGAGAUGCUGGAAGAUGGCUCGGAAAGAUUCCUCUGCGAGUCCGUCUUCAGCUACCAGGUCGCAUCCACGCUGAAGCAAGUGAAGCACGAUCAACAAGUCGCACGGAUGGAAAAACUCGCCGGGCUGGUGGAGGAGCUGGAGGCGGACGAGUGGAGGUACAAGCCCAUCGAGCAGCUGCUGGGCUUCACUCCCUCCUCGGGCUGAGCGCGGCGAGAGGGGGCAGGCAGCAGGCGCCGCCGUUUCUCGGGGUGCUCGCAGCUGCCGUCAGCGGGAUCAGGCUUUUUUGGGGGAUUUUUGGGAAGCUGCCGGCGGAGAUCCCCCCCCUUGGAGCUGCCGCUCAGGUGGAACAACGGGACUCUGGAAGUCUGCGGGGGUGCAGGCUGGCAGGGCUCGGGUCGUGCAGCUAAAAAAAAAAGGGGGUGGGUUUUAAAGACCGGGGUUUUUAAGGACUGCGCUUCCCGGGGGGCUGCUGGAAGGGCCGGGCGAGGGGCUGGCUGCGAGGAGAGCGUCCGCACCGCUCGAGCCAGCCCUCUGCAGAGCAGCAGGGCCGAGCCCUGCCAGAAACACUCCAGCCCCAGCCCUUCCUCUGGGGAGCUGACAGGAUGAGACCCGUCCCGGGGCAGCCGAGGAGGGGCAGGCGGUGGCUGCAGCAGCACCUGGGGUGGUGCUGAGGCUGCUUUCUCUCCGCUGCUCUCUGUUUUGUCUGCGCAGAGUGCUGCAGGAGCCGUCCCCUCAACACCCCGAACCCCUUUUCAUGACGUGUUAGAUGGUUCUGUGGUAAUAAAAUCAAAUAAUGCUGUCUUUGAAA